AAACAGAGUUGUCUUUUCUUGGCCUUAAUCCAAAGAUGAGUGUAGAAGUGCUAGAUGGAGCGACAGUCCGCAGCUUUGUCGAGGAUGAAGCAGCCUUCAACUUGUCGGUCCAGGACCGGUUCGCCAGCCUCGACACCAACCAUGACGGCCUCCUCUCGUAUGCGGAGAUGGCGAGGGAGCUGAUGAGCUUGAGGGUGCUCGAGACCCACUUUGGCGUGGAUGAAGUGGGAUUGAGCUCUGAUGAGCUGCUUCAACUCUAUCGUGGGUUGUUUGCUCGGUUCGAUCAUGAUGGCAAUGGAACGGUAGACUUGCAGGAGUUUCGGGCCGAGAUGAGGGAGAUUUUGCUCGCUGUGGCGAAUGGGCUCGGGUUCUUGCCAGUUCAGAUGGUGGUGGAGGAGGGCAGCUUCCUGAAGAGGGCUGUAGAGAGGGAGGUGGCUCAGAAGCUCACCGUUUGAACUUAUCACUGCGGGCGAACUUUCAGCUGCCAUUCUGAUGAUCAUGUUCUCUUUGUUUAACUCUUGUUCUCUCUUCUUCUUCUUCAACUAAACCUCCUAACUAGAUAUCAAGAAUAUAGAGUGUAUGAACUGUAUGAGCUUAUGAAGAAAUAAAAGGUGGUAGUUUUGGACGUUAUAGAGGA